GACUGGAGCCGUCUGAAGAGCAUUUUCCUUUCCCUCUUUAUAAACUUCCUCUCAGUUCCUUUUCAUUAUCAUCGAUCCAUAUCAUUUGCAAUUUCUCCAAUAAUGAAGUUUUUACUCCUACUCAUCGAUGUUGCAUUGGUAGCAACACAUGCUGCUUUACCUCCUGAACUUUACUGGAAGUCCAUGCUUCCCGCCACUUCCAUGCCUAAAUUCAUCUCAGAACUCCUCCACUCAACAGGGGAUAACACAACCAUCCAUCUUAGAGGUAACAGUACUCUUCAUCGGCCAACUUUCAUUUAUGCUAACUCCGACAACGAAGAACUCCAUAAUAUCCCAAACACAACUCUCUUCUUCUUGGAAGAGGACAUGAAGCCUGGUCACAAAAUGAACUUUCACUUCACACAGACCUCCAACCAGUCCUCCUUGCUUCCUCAUGAAGUCGUGAAAUCUGUUCCCUUUUCUUCAAGCAAGGUGGCUCAGAUAUUGAAAGAAUUUUCUGUGAAGCCUGGGUCAACAGAAGCCAAGGUUUUGAAAGAAACUAUUGAAAUGUGUGAGAAGCCAGGGGUUAAAGGAGAGGAGAAGUACUGUGCAACGUCGUUAGAAUCCAUGGUUGAUUUUAUCACUUUGAAGCUUGGGAAGAACGUGGAAGCUUUGUCUACAGAGGUGAUGAAGAAGGAGACAAAGAAGCAAGAAUACACAAUAACGCUAGGAGCGAAGAAGGUCGGAGAGGCAAAAGUGGUGGUGUGCCACAAGCUCAACUACAUCUAUGCUUUGUUUUAUUGUCACAAAACAGAGACCACAAUUGCUUAUACGGUGCCUUUGGUGGGGGCUGAUGGGACUGAAGUAAAAGCAGUGUCUCUAUGUCACACAGACACAUCAGAGUGGAACCCUAAGCAUUUGGCCUUCCAAGUGCUAAAAGUGAAGCCCGGGAGUGUUCUUGUGUGUCACUUCCUUCCUCAAGACAAUGUUGUUUGGGUUCUCUCCCAUAAGUAAUUUAAUGACUUUACUAUAAAGAAAUGUAUAGAGUAGUAGCUAAGAACUCUUUCUCUCUCCUCACUGAAUGAAAUAUCUUUAUGGCCUUUCUUGUUUUGUUUGUGAUUCCCAAUAUAAAACUA